AUGCAAAUCGCCGCGCUCCUAACAACCCUAGCCUCCCUAGCUACUACGGUAUCAGCAGCCCAGCAAACCUCCACUGUCUAUACCCAAGACAAUACAAUCCUUUGGGAUGGGCAAGGUUACACGCCAUGUACCAGGUCCGUCUACUGCGUACGUUCCACCCCCGCCCCUCUUCUGCUAAAAACGAAAAUCUGAACUUCUGGUUACUUCGAAGAAUUUUAUACUCUACUUCUCCAGUCCAGAGGAUAGAGAAGAUGCUAAUGGAGAUGGUGUACCUAUAGGGUGAUUACAGUCAAGGGGGUCCAUUCCAGAAGCAGCGAACCAGCUGUACCAGAAUCACUGCUGUUGGUGCGCCAUCGCCAGGUGAAGGGGGCCAGCCUGGCUGUGUAGUCAAAUUUCCUAACGCACCCAGUGUAGCUAGCUGGUCUAAGUUUCAAUCUUACCCCCCCUUUUCCUGUCUAUCUUGCUAAUGCAACCCUAGCGUGUAUGGUGCUGCCCAUAACGCUGCUGGGUAG